CGAGGUCGCAGCGAGUCGCACAGCUCGCCCGCUGCAGUAAUUCUUGAUCGCCAGUGAGCUUGCGAAAGCUUUGCUGAAAUCCUGGCAGCUGCAACGGCUGGCAGCUGCGAGCGCGCGCGUCGCUGCAUCAACCCACUGCACCGCAAGCGGCGUCCUGCAACCACCGCUCGCGCGCCCGCAUGACGAUCAACAUAUAUUAGAUGACGAUCUGAAGAACAUCCAUUCACAUAAACCAUGUAGCCAAAUCGAGGCAUUUGUCCGACGGGUCCGCGCCGGUCGAGCGUUCGCACGCGCACCAUUCGCGAGCGCCGCCGCGAGGCUAGCUUCGCGCAGGUACGGAGGAACCGCUCCGUGCGCCCCGAACGACUCGGGCCUCGCACGAGUGCAGCCGGCAUGCGCGGACUCCUCCUCGUCGCGUGCGCGGCGGCGUUCCAGGCGCCCGCGCCUCGACAGCCCUCAGCACUCGUGCGACGAGCGACAUGUACGCCCGCCGAGGCGAACAAAGUCGUAAACCUCGCCAAGCAGGCGAUCGGCCGCGACGCCGGCGUCAAAGACGCGCUCGGCGCCUUGCAACGCGUGGAAAACAUCCUCGGCUCCGGGUCGCCGGCGCCCGGAGCGGUGGCCGUGUCGUUCUCGGCGUCGUUUAGGCGUCAAGGCAACCCCUUCAAAUUGGCGUUCGGCAAGGAAGCGGGGACAACGAAAGUCGCGAAUCGCGGAUCGAACGUGUCCCAGAUCAAGGCGCGCGCCGACGGCGGCAAGCUCGUCUCUUGUUCCAUACAGAUGGACGGUGGAUGGGGUAGGACAAUAAACGUCCGAUGUUGAGCCCGUUUGCUAGCGUCCUGUAAGACACUAGC